GGCCAAUUGAAAUGGACACUGACAUCGAAACGAUAUCUGAAUAAUAUCAACAGCAACACUGAAUACUACUGACUGAAUACGGUGUAGCACGAGCAAAAUGCGCGAUACAAUUUAAAUGGUAGACAAUAUUGCGUAACAUUUGACAUUAAUAAUAUAAUUAAGGUUGUUAAUUUAAACGCGUUUGUCGAGAAGAAUUCAAAUGCCUAUUUAAGAGUUUGAGCGUAUGGAAAUGAAUCAGUUUAUCGGCGCUUGAGCAUCGAAGAACAUAUGUGAAAAAAAUAUUAUUUAUCAACAAUGACGGAAGACAAAUCCGAUUUUUGUGAAACAAGAAAUAAGGCAGUUGUAAGCAAGGACGAAGAUGUGUCGUGUUGGAAUUGUCUCAAAAGCGAAGGCAAUAAUAAGGAGCCACUUCCUCUGUCUAAGGUGAGAAAACAGCACAGGGAGAAACUACGUCUGUAUUCCUUUUUGGCAUCACAAGUAACUAAACCUAAGGCUGUGCCAUUAAAGCAACGUGUAAGUGAAAAUUAUUCAGUAGCUAAAAAGGUAGAUGAACAGAUUUUGCAACAAAAAUCUACUGAAAAUUACUAUGCUGAUAACAUCGAACGCCAUCUUUCUAAUAUAUCAGAGAAACUAAAAGCGUCGCCCGAAUUGGGACCGAAAACUUCGAAAGUUUCACAAAGUAAAUUAUUACACAUAGAAAACGAUUUAUACUCCUUAGCUGAUGAACUUGAAGAGUCUGCCAGCAAAUUAAGUAGAGUUUCAGAAAGAGCCAAAGACGUAGUGAUUAAGGAAACGUAUACAGAAAAUACUAAUCGAGAAUAUAAAAAAGUAUCACUUAAACCAGGAUUAUCUCCUAUUUUGACAAAGUCACCUGACCUCGUCGAAGUUCAAAGUAAAGUAUUGGUAGAAUCAUCAUCACCUAAGAUAAAACGGUCAAUUUUUAAGGAUACUGCAGAUGUUCAUAGAUAUAGCUCAGUUAUUGAAUUUAAGAAAAGGGAUGACAUUGUUGAAGAAUUAAAUGAUGAUAUAGAUAUUCCUGCAAUCAGCAGUGGAAGGACAUCAUCAGCCAGUGAUAAAAUUGAGAAUGCCAGCUCUUGUGGUUCCGACUCUGGAUUCGCAGAUUCAAACACCAAUAGGGAACUUUCAUCGCCUGAAUUGUCAGUGAAAAGCGAAAGAUUAUACAAAUCCUGUCUACGCAAAGACGUAAAGGCGCUCCCUAGUCUAACAGGCGAUAACACUAUUCCAGCUACAUCGACGACUUCCUAAGCAUACCAAAUACGGCGCCAAUUAGGGUGUCUGAUAAAUGUACUCGUUGGAGUACACUUUCGAUUCAUCAAAAGCCAAUUUCUU